UUAGGGAUGCUGACCGCACUCAAUCAAAGUCCGUUUAAUUUAAUCACACAAAUAAAAAUAGAGUGUGGUUUUCACUUUCAGUUUCACACUCCGUUUUGCAUUUGCUUCUUCUCCGAUUCACCCAAGGUUUUGGUAUUUUUUCCCAAUUCAUCAACAUGUCAAAUAUUACAUUAUUUGAAGAAGGGUGGGAUUUAAUGCAGAAGGGAAUCAACAAACUGAAGAACAUUCUAGAAGGUUCUCCUGAUCCUUUCACUACCGAAGAAUACACCUUGCUCUACACGAACAUCUACAAUAUGUGCACUCAAACUCCUCCUCAUGAUUAUUCCACAGCACUGUAUGAGAAGUAUAAGGAAACAUUUGAUGAGUACAUCAAAUCAACUGUUCUGCCAUCUUUGCAAGGAAAGCAAGAUGAACUCUUGUUAAGGGAGUUGCUCAAAAGAUGGACAAAUCACAAAAUUAUGACUUGUUGGCUCUCAAAGUUUUUUCGAUAUCUUGAUAGAUACUAUACACCAAAACAGAGACUUCCUUCUCUUGAAGAAACUGGCUUCUUAUCCUUCUAUUACUUGGUAUAUGAUGGGAUACAUAGACAAGUAAUGGAUGCAAUAUUAGCUAUGAUUGAUCGGAAAUGUGCAGGAGAGCCUAUUGAUGAAACAUUGGUUAAUGGUGCAUUGAGUUUCUACUCAGAGAUUGGAGAAAGCACAAGAAGAAACGAUCCAAAACACUUUGCAGAAACAAUGAUGAAAGAAAAUGUAGCAAACUGUAAUCUGUCAAGGCUUCAAAUUUCUUAGAAACUCUUACUAUCUUUAAAUUGAAAGUAUAAACAUUAUUGCUAGUUCAUCAAAUCAGAAGUUGAGGGGUGUUAGUAUAAAAAUGAUGGUUAAGUGAUAGAAGAUUAGGUAGUAGUUAAUUAGUGAGAUAUAAUAAUAUUUAUAUUAUUAGUUGGACAUUUAUGUUAUUGGGUUGUUUAAUUGGGCUUUAUGCCUUUAAGUCCAUUAGAAGUCUUAUAUAUGUAGUGUUCUUUCACAUUUUAACCUAAUCAAUGAAAUGAAUGAAUUUAUCUUA